AUGGCCGAAUUUAUGCCUUCAAAGGUGUUCAAAGAUCGUAGGGAAUCAAGGGAAGUAGACUAUCGGGCCUUAUAUCGGUUUAGUAAAGUUAAAAUAACUAUUGGUGCUAUCGACUGCACCCAUAUACCUAUUCUGAAGCCGUUUAUGCAUGCCGACAAAUAUGUGAACAGAAAGAACUUUGCUAGUAUAAAUGUACAAGCAACGUGCAAUUCAAACGAAGAGUUCACAAGUGUGGAUGUUUCUUGGCCAGGAUCUGUACACGACUCUCGGAUAUGGAAGAAUUCUGAUAUAUACAACGUUAUGAAAUGGAAUAGGGCUAGUGCUGUUUUGUUGGGAGACUCUGGGUAUGGUAUAGCUUCUUGGCUCAUGACUCCUUUUAGGAUUGCAGAAACAUCAGAACAAACAUCAUAUAAUCGGCUGUUUACGAGAGAACGAGUUAUAAUAGAGAGAUGUUUCGUUCAACUAAAACAGCGUUUUCCCAUUCUACAUAACAAAAUACGCGUCGAUACAGAAAAAGUGCCCUCCCUUGUCAUGAGAUGUUUUAUCUUGCAUAAUGUGGCUAAGCACCUUAAUGAUAAAGAUUUUGCUGUUUAUAUACCGGGAGAUGGCGAACAAGAAGAAAUACAUAACCAACAUACUGCCGACUAUGCAAAUGGAGUGAUACGUCAAAGAGUUAGACAAAAAAUGUUCGAUUCUCUUGGGCUCAACGAAAAUGUUUCUCAUACUUACACAAAUACGAUAGAAGCGGCGGGUUACAAAUUUAACAGUAAAAUGAGCGAUGUUCGGAACAAUGGUUGGCAGGUCUCGUCUUUUCUGGCAGCCACAUCGUUAAUCAAGUGUUCGGAAAUGGAUUGUGAUGUCAUACCAACAAAGGCGUUUGCGUCUCUGAUGUUGUUUUGUUUCAUCUGCACAUGCUGCGCGAUGCUGGACCUAUUGUUACUGUGGAAGAGGAAGUGUUGGUACACGAACGGUCUGGAGAGCGAUCACGAAUUGUAUAAUGAUACAACUGUUGAGAAACACAUAUCGAUGAGGCUACUAACAACCAAACCACUUAAACCUCUGUCUUUCUUGAACAGUAUUCAGGUUCCUGCAAAAAAUAAUACCAAAUCAGGAGAACCCGAAAUAUGUGAUGCUAAAGUCAACUUUUCACAGUCUUUACCAGAAGCAUCACAUUUAAAAUUCACUAAUGCCCCAGAGUCCGCCAAGUUAAGUUUUGGUACAGCCACGUGUUUCAAGCUUGUCGAAGUUGUUACCCUUGUAAAGGCGUGA